AUGGGGUCGUAUAUCUGGAGCAGCAAUUCCAGGCCAAACGCUUUGCAUUUCCUCGUUGCGCUUUACAUCGCCCUCUGUUUCCCUGUCGCCAGGCUUUCCUUAAGCCUUUUCUACAUGUGCCAAUGUGGAUUCUACAUCUAUAUCAUUGUUGCACUCCUUACUUGGGAGACUCGAAGGAAGGACUUUGCUGUGAUGAUGUCUCAUCAUGUAAUUACUACUAUCCUGAUUAGCUACUCAUAUGUCACAAGCUUUUUCCGCAUUGGUUCAAUUGUCCUUUCCCUACAUGAUGCAAGUGAUGUGUUUUUGGAAGCAGCUAAAAUUUUAAAAUAUACGGGAAAGGAGCUCGGUGCUAGCGUGUGCUUCGGAUUAUUUUCCAACUCUUGGCUCGUGCUACGUUUAAUAAUAUUUCCGUUUUGGGUCAUCAAAAGUUCAAGCUAUGAUGUUAUGGAGUUCUUACGUCCUUCAGCGUCAUAUCCCAAAUUCUUGUACUAUUUUCUGAACACUAUGUUGCUAAUGCUGCUUGUGUUCCAUGUCUACUGGUGGGUGCUCAUAUGCACAAUGAUCAUGAGGCAAUGGCAAAAUAGAGGAAAAGUAGGUGAAGACAUUAGAUCCAGUGAUGGCUUUAUAGCCUCGAUGAGGCUCUCGUCGGACCGGUUACAAGGGUGUAAGGCUCGAUCCAAUGGUGGAGAUCGUCUGGCAGCUGGGGAUGAGAUGGAAACCCUAAAAGGGUUCUGCUAG